AUGGGACCCAACUUCAACGAUUUGGUACACACGUACCUCAAGCACGGCAACAGAGAAUAUCUGGCGGGGCUCCUGCCACUCUGGAGUCCCACCAUUGACGAGGACCAUGGCUCGAUCGGCCUUGCAUUGCACCACGCCAUCUACAUGGGAGACGAGACCGCUGUCCGCAUGAUGCUGGAUCCCGGGGUGCCCCCUACGGUGGUGAACGGACACGAACCGUAUCACACUCCCAUCUUGGCGGCUUCGCAGUACGGUCGGCGCGAGAUGGCUCGUCUGUUUUGGCGACUCGUCGGGCCUGACGGCCGCUUCCUCCCCUCGCUGCGCAGGAGAAGCGAGCUCACGUGCCUCAUCGUGGCUGCACAAUAUGGUCAGGCAGACCUGGUGGCCGACUUUCUCGACAUGUGGGAUGGCUGGUUAGUGGACGAGAAGCGGCGGGCGCUCCUUGAUGCCGCGGCGGAAUGGAACGACAACGUCGUCACAGUUUUACUCGCCAAGGUCGGUUACGAGGUGGACGACAUCCAGAAGGCAUUGGGCCGGUGCGUCUACUCCGGCCCAGGGUCUACCCAUUAUAUACCACCUGGAACGGAUGAGGACGACACACCCCAGUCAUACAACGCCCGAGCGCACCACCUCGUGUGUCGACUUGUCGAUGCCGGCGGGAAUCCAGACGCAACCUACCUGGAACGGCCGCUACUCUGCAUCGCAGCCUCGUUGGCGGAUCGGAUUAGCGCCCUCAAGGCGCUGCUUGAGAAGGGAGCGAAUCCCAACAUCCAGAAUGCAAAAGGCCUCACGCCACUUCAAGCAACGUUCGGCUUCUCAUCUUCUAUAGAAGCCCUCCGGCUCCUCCUGGACCACGGCGCCUCUCCCGAGAUCCCAGACCAGGACGGGGCGACGCCGCUCCAUGCCGCCGCCUACGACAGCAGCUCCCUCGAGAAGCUCCAGCUGUGCCUCGCCCGCUGCGCGGAUGCCGACGCCGCCCUCCGCCUACAGACACACCACCGCGAAUCGCUCCUGCACUACGCCGCAGACGGCGGGAAGCAGGACAUUGCCGAGUUCCUGCUCGACCGCGGCGUUCCCGUCGACGCGGCCAACACCAACGGCUGGACGCCCCUGCUCUGCGCGCUGAUGCCCACCCCACCAAAGGCCCUUGCCGAAGCGUGCAGCCUGGCCAGCCUCCUGCUGCAGCGAGGCGCCAGGGCCGAUGUAGUGACAGACGAGGGCUGGACGGCACUGCAUGCGCUGGCAUCGCAUCGCCCGCGGGGUAACUUUAACUGGGAUCCCGCCGCCGGCGGGCAGGAUGAUGAUGGUUCCAAAUGGGCGUCCGCCGUCCCGCUGAUUCGGGAGCUCGUUGCGCGCGGCGCGCCGCUGUACACACCGUCGAAGGCAAUCCGCAGCUUGGCUGUCACCGCCGAGACCGUGUCUGGCGCGUGGGGGGUUCGGAUGCAGCGGCUGCUGCUUGCUAAAGCGACGACACCGACGGCGGAAGAGGAGGAGCUGGAGGAGGAGGGCACGACGCCGCUUGUGUGGGCGUGUCGGACCGGCGCAAUCGUCGCCUUUGAUGCCGUUAUUGCCGAGGAUGGGGGAGCCGAAUAA